AUGGAUAUAGAAAGCAAUAAAAUAUAGGAUAAUAGCUAAAGUAAAAAUGAUUACUUUAAAAGAUAAAAAACCAUUCCAGGAUGGAAUUAAGAAAUUGUGUCCAAUACAACUGCAUUAGUUCUUGGAGCAGGUGGUUUAGGUAGUUGUGUUUCAAUUCAAUUAAUGAGACUUGGCAUUAAAAAACUUAUUUUAGUUGAUUAUGAUGUUGUUGACUAUCAUAAUUUGAAUCGCUAAAUUAUGUUUACUAUAAAUGACAUUGGUAAAUCAAAAGUUGAGAGUGCAAAGUAGAAUUUAUAGUUCCAUAAUAUAAGUAAUACAGAAAUAGAAACACAUAAUAUUAAUGCUGUAACAUAGUGGGAAUAAAUUGUAGCUUUAGCUAAGUAGUCAAAUUUAGUUUUUAACUUAAUAGAUUAUGGUGAUUAUUUUGAUUUAGCAGUAUGUAGUCUAUGUAUAAAACUUUCUCUCCCUAUGUUUUAAGGAGGUACUUUUUGCAACUCGUUAUCUGUUGAUUAUUUUACUUCUGAUGGUAGACCAUGCCUUCUUUGUUUAACUGAUGGUUUAAAAAAGGAGUUUAUUGAAAAAUUAAAUCCUUCUCUUAUCCUCGAAUACAAAUCUUUGGAAUUUUUACCCAAAAACGAUAACCCUGAAGGAUAAUCAAACAUAGUUAUUUGUUAAAUGUGUGCAAACUUUAUUAACACAUUUGUCUUGAAUGAGCUAUUUCCAUCUGGGCAGAAAAAAUCAAAGCGUAUCCUCCUUUAUUUAGAUCCUAUAGAUAUAAUAUCUUUUGAUUUAGAAAUAACUCCUAAAUGCCCUUAUUGCAGAGAGCCUUUUCAUGAAGGAAAUAGUUUCCAUGAAGUGCAAUCAGAAGAAAUCCCAUUAAGCAAAGAAGACCUAUGGAAAGAUAUUAAAAAUUUAUAACUCUAAAAACUUUUCCCAUAAUAUGUCUAGGAAAUAUAAGUAAUUGAGGGUAGUUUAGGAUAAAUAGAUAGUAAAUUAUAAAUCACUUAUAAAGAUGGAGCUAAAUGGACAGUUUAAUUAGUUGAAAUAUCAAGCAUAAAGUAAACUAUUGUGUAUGAUGUUAUUUAAACAUAGCCUUAAUUCAGCUGCAAAAAAUUUAGAAAUAUAUUUUAAAUUUCUUAGCCAGAUAAUCAAAAUGCAUUAAAUACUUGUGAAUUAUUAUGGAGGACAGAAUUUUAGGAUGACAUCACUAUUAACGCUUAUGAAGAUACAAAAUAUAAAAAAUAUGAUUACUUUAAAAAUCUAAUUGAAACAAUUAUCACAAAUUCAAAAAAUGAAGAAGAUUAAAAUAAGCAAUAAAAAUAAUAAUAAAGCUGA